AUGGGGAGUGCACUGUUUCGUUGGGAGGCCUGCGAGGCCGACGCGGCGGUUGACACCUUCACGUUCCUCGCGGAAUGCCCAACCACGCCCCAGUUUCGCCUCAAGCACGCGGCUGUGGGUCAGUCACAUGACGCCGAGUCGUGCGAGUUUCGCUUUUACUCUAGAUACGUCUUCCUGCAUGUGUUCACGGCGCUGCAGCUGCUUCUCGCCCUCUUCACCCUGUACCUGUUUAACUACCUGGGGACGGUGCGCCACCACUAUGCCCCGCUGCUCGUGCUAGGGUGCGGGCGGGAGGCUGCCUGUCCCCGCCCGCGGGUAGUUGAGGCGCGUCUUCCGCACCGCCGCGAGGCCCUGGCCGCGGCCUACUUGGCCAUCGUCGUCCUCGGGAUGUGCUUUACUGCGUUUGCGGCCGCCUACAUCGCGGUGUCAAACAGUGCGUGGUGGGUGUCGCUGGAGCUGGCACGCUGGGAGCGCGACCAGCGGGCCCGCAUGCGGCAGGAGUACGGCGGAUCGCGGCACGACGCCGAGAGUAGCGGCUGUCGCCUUCGCCGCCUCGGCGUCCGCUGGAUCUCGUGGACGCGGCCGUACUACCACUUUCCCCCGCGCCACCUUCCUGACUUUGACUAUCGCCACGACCUCCACGCACGCUUUGGGGCCCGCGCCACCCGCCGAAACCCAAAGAAGGUGUUUUUUCUGCUCGCGGCACCGUUUGUCUUUGCCCUCGCCGUGAUGGAUAUUGUAACCGUCGACGAAAUGCGGGUCACCGGGGUGCGGGUGUCGCUGCUGCAGGGGCUCUUACUCGUGGCCGGUCCGCUCUUUCUGUUGUCUGUCGUCUGGCUUUUUGUCAGCAUGCUGUGCAAGUGCUGGAGGGCGUGCAACAGCUUCUUGCUAGGCCUAUAG